AGCAAGGAUGCGCCGGGCACAAUUUUAACCGAUGGGUCACAGGCACUCAAGUCGAAGACUUUCUCCAAUCUUUCCAACCUUCAAAAGCUCAGCUUCCUUGUUCAGAGCAUCAAUUUCGGCCUGCACAAACGGGAUGCCUUCAGCGAGCCUCUUCUUCUCCGUCAAUAGCUCAAUCUCGCCCGGAAAAUAUAUCCUUUCCACGCCCUCCAUUUUCUUUGAACUCACCACUCGAUGAUACAACGUUGUCAUCCGGCCUUUAAAUUCAUCCAUGCUCAUGAACAAGUCCGGCUUGAUGGCGACAAGGAAAUGUCCGACAUCACCGGGCUGAGACAUGUCAUAAGGUCCAGUGACACCGCCGGCAAAUGCUGAACCAGAAAGAACACCUGAAAAGACAUCCAUCAUGAUGGCCAACCCGGACCCUUUCGGUCCACCCAUGGGCAACAUCACACCUCCAUCGAGUGCCUUAUCCGGGUCAUUCGUUGGUCUCCCUUCAGCAUCCAAGGCCCAGUCCCCCGGUAUCUUCUCCCCUCUUCUCUUCGCCUUAUGAAUCUUUCCUCUCGCCGCAACCGAGGGCGCCAUAUCUAAUAUGAAUGGUAUCGACCCUUCACCGCCCGGCGCACCACAGGCAAUAGGCGAGACCCCCAGCAGCUUCUCCUUCCCACCCCAUGCCGGAAGAGCAGGAGAUGAGUUGGUGAAAACCAAGCUCAUCAUCCCGGCGUCAACAGCUUGCUGCACGAUCCAAGCCGACAUGCCAAAGUGGUUGCUGUGCUUGACGCUGGCCAUUCCAAUGCCGAGCGUCUUGGCCAUCUCGAUGGCUGUCUUCAUCGCCAAGUGGGCUGCGGGGAAGCCAAAGCCAUUAAGACCAUCUACCUGAACCACAACCGGAGUAAUUUGAGUGAGAGUGGGCUCUGCUUUGGGAUCAAGGACUCCAUUGCGAAUGCGGGCGAGAUAAGAUGGCAGACGAUUGAUACCGUGGCUUUCGACGCCACGCAGGUCGGCUUGGACUAGACCCAGGGCGACGGUUUCGGCAUGUUGGAGGGAUACUCCAGAGGCUACGAGGAGCGAGACGACAAAUAGCCGGGCAUCUCUGUGGUUGACAUGGACGUAUUCUGGUAGUCCUCCCAUUAUGACUGAUGACAUGGGCAAGGGUGAUGGAUACUCGGCGGGUGUUAGAAAGGGGGCCGGUCUCUUGACAUAUGUUGCCAUUGGGUCGAAGAAGCCAACGGGGAAACGGUGACACACGGGCCCCGCUUCACUAAGACGGUAGGUUAUAGGCCCGUAGAAUAAUGUGGGGAUGGGUCAAAUUCCUUGCUGGAGAUCCGGGGUACCAGUAACCACCAAAUGCUUCUUUCAACGUCCAAAUCAACCUCAGACCAUCAUUCUCUAGCAACGGUUAUCUUAUAUCAAGUAUACCUCUCGGAGCCGUUCGAUUGUCUACAACCUACCGUAGCGAAGGAUCUCAGCAAAGUCCAGAAUUACCUACCCAUGUAACUCCCAGUGUGGUUCCCUCGUUAUGAAUAGCCGAGACAAGGCCGGGCUCCGGACUUGCUGGCCAGUCACAAAUUUCUCGGUUUUGCAGCACCUGCCUGAAUGGGAUUCACAUGUAACACACAACAAGUACAACGUUCACCUUUGCACUCGCAAUGAGACCGACAAAGUUACAUCAACGAGAUCGACGAGCAGCAGACGUUCAACUGCCGGACCAUGGUUCAGUGACGCCAUGGGGCCACGCCGUCGGAUAGGGCAGAUCGACGCCCCUUCUGUCUACCUAGCAUGUCACCGUAUCACCAUCUCUGCGUGUUCCCAAGAGACACCCCACCUCAUAUGGACUACUUAGGUAGGUGUGAUCCUCCCAGACGAGUUUCCUUUUUCAUCUGGAUUACCUGAGUUCUGCUUUUUUUUCUUUUUCUGCUCCUUCGUAUUUUGUUUUGCCGUGUCAGCACAGAUGGCGGGGGGCGUGAAGAAGCCUGUGAACAUCUUUCGGCUCCAGGAUUUAGGCGAACCAAAAGAAGUCUUCAAUUGGAGAUUAUGGUUUGCCGUGUUCUCUUUCGGCCUUUUGGGCGCAGCACGAGGCGUUGACGAGGGCUUGAUCAACGGCGCCUUCAACAGCAAGCACUUCCAGGGCACCAUCAAUUACAGCUCCUAUACCGAGGUUGAGCAAGCCAACAUCAAAGCCAAUGUGUCAUCCAUGGUUCAACUAGGGAGUGUUGGGGGUGCUCUGAUCGCCUUCCUCAUCUGUGACAGGAUCGGACGCAUCUGGGCUGCACGGCAGCUCUGUCUGCUGUGGGUGUUGGGCAUUGUCAUCUUCAUGGGAGCCGAAGGCAAUCUGAGCGCCAUAUAUGCUGGUCGGUUUAUCGUCGGACUUGGCGUUGGACAAACACCUGUUGUUGGUCCUGUCUACAUUGCGGAAAUUGCCCCGGCCAGUGUCAGGGGGUUGUGUACAUGCAUCUUCACCGGUUUUGUGUACUUGGGCAUCGUCUUGGCAUACUUUACGAAUUACGGCUGUCAAGUCAACCUGGGUGAUACAACGGCGGCUCGUUGGGAAGUGCCGACAAGUUUGCAUCUCAUCUUUGCAGUCUUGAUAUUUACUUUAAGCCUCUUUCAUUACGAGUCUCCGCGCUACCUGAUCAAACAAGGUCAGCAUAAGAUGGCCGUUCAUGUCAUGGCUCGUCUUCGAAACCUGUCCCCAGAACAUGACUAUGUAACUCGGGAGAUCAGCGCCAUCACGUCAAGUCAUUUGGAAGAGAUAGAGGCAACUGUGGGAUCUGGAUGGAUGGGAAUCUUGAAGGAGGCAUUCACUGUCCCAAUGAACCUCUACCGCGUAUGCCUCACCAUCUGCGCACAGAUACUGUCACAAUGGUCUGGUGCUGGUUCUAUCACACUCUACGCCCCAGACCUGUUCAACAUUCUUGGGAUAACUGGAACAGACAGGACGCUUCGGGUGACAGCCGUGUUUGGCAUCGUUAAGCUCACUGCCGCCGUGGCUGUGUCGAUGAUCUACGUUGCCGUUUUCCUCACUGCAGUCCCCGAGUUGGGCAUACAAGAGGGCUAUCUCCUCAGCCCCUCGCAGUCAGGACUUUCCAAGGGUGCGAUUGCUAUGAUCUACAUUUCAGGUUUCGGUUGGGCGUUGGGAUAG